AUGAGCCACGCGACCCACCCGUACGCUCUCUCGGCCCAGCACGUGGCCGCGUCGUCGUCGUCGUCGGGCGGUCCCACACGCGCCGCUCCUCCCGGCCCCGCUCAACCUCGCCCUCGAGCACCAGGACCGAGCACGGCCGGCCUUGGACAGCGAGCACUCGGCUACGGCACGCUCGACCCGCAUCCCGACCAGCGCCGCCUCCCGUCCUACUCAACUUCGCCCUCCCCCAUUGCGACCUCGUCGUCCUCGCUCGCGUUCGACCCCGCCGCGGGCGACUACAGCCACACGGCGCACCGCACUCGCGCCGAGUCGUCCCCCACCGACCAUCGCCAUCACGCCGACCAUUCGGCGCCCCCGCCCCCGCUCGCGCACCACCUCGACCACGGCCCCACUCGCCCCGAGCCCGUGCGCAGGCAGGGCAGCAACACGGUCACCCGUCGCGUCAUCGUCGACGAGCACGGCGUUGAGCGCGACGAGACGCGCGACGAGCGCAGGGCCCGCAAGGAGCGGGAACGGGCCCACAGGGCUGCGACGGCUGGACAAGACGGCUCUUCGACGCGCCGGCGGCGAUUAUCUCGAGCGAGCGACGGCGCCGACUCGGUCGCUCCUUCGCCCUCCCUCUCGUUCGGCUCGCCCGCCUCGGUCGCCGCUCCUCACAUCGCCUCAUCCUCCACCUCGACGGGCGCCAACAACUCCGCCGCAUCGUCAAAGUCGGUCCUCACCAUCGCCCUCCAACGCGCCCAGUCGGCCGUCCUCCUCGACAGCGCCAACAACUUUCCCGCCGCGGUCGCGGCCUACACGCAGAGCGUCCGGCUCCUCAAGGAGGUCAUGGCCCGUGUCGAGGAAGGGUCGAGGGACAUGGAGCGCAAGUUGAGCACCGGCGGCAUGCGCGACGGCGAGACGCGCGACGAGUGGGAGCGCAGGAGGGCCCGGUACGAGCGCAAGGAGCGCGCAAAGGUCGACGAGGCGCGGCGUCUCAGGGUUAUCCACGACACGUACGAGGAUCGCAUCCGCAUGCUCGCCCAGAUGGGCCACACGGCCCCGGGCCACGUCCCGCCACCUUCCCUCGAGCUCGCCCCGCCCCCUUCACUGUCGUCCACGUCCCUCUCGACCGCCGCCCACGAUCUCUCGGCACCCGCACCCGCCGCGGCACAUCCGCCAACCUCUUCCUCGUCCGCCCCGUCCCUCGCCAACCUGCGUCUCGACGACCCAGGCGGCGUCGGGCGGCACCACAACCUCCACGCGCGCGACCGCAGCGACGUCUCGCUCCGCAUCGUCGCGCCCUCAACGCCCGUCGAGCGCGACCCGCACGCCGCCGCGAGCGGCAUCGGCGCGGCCAUGCUCCUCCCGUCGCCGACCGAGCGCGCCGUGCCCACAUUGUCGAGCCUGCCUGUCGCUCUCGCACACGAUGGCGGCGACCGCGUCCGCUACCUCGCGCCCGAGGGCGACCCGGAUCGGCCGCUCAGCAUGGCGAGCGACUCGACCGCGACCGCGACCGCGAGAUCCCGUACCCCGAGCGCUGCGACGCCGACCCUCCCUGCGCCCAUACCCUUCGCCCACCGCAUUGACCCGGUCAGCCCGACCGACUCGCGCGCGUCGUCCGACGGCCUCAGCACCGCCGUCGAGCCCGCCUCGAGCUGGUCCGCCAGGCCCCACGCGUUCGAGCCCGCCUCGGCCCCUGUACGCCACCCGGCGCUCACGAGCCUCGAAAUGCGCCGAGGGUCCUCGGCGAGCGCGCUCAGCGGCGACACGCUCCGCGUCGGCGUGCCCGGGUCGGCGUCGGCGCCGGGCAUGGUGCGCGCCGCGUCGAGCGGCUCAACGACGGGCUCGGCGACGCCCAUGCGACGAGGGAGCUCGCUCGGCCUUCUCGGCUCGGCAGAGGCGGCGCCGAUCGAGAUCCGCCCCAGGCCGAUCCGCACGGUCAGCCUCGCCGGGACCGCCACGGCGCCAGACGAGCAGCAGCCGCGGCUGCAGCUCGUCAACGAGUCGACUGCCGAGGGCACCAUCUCGCAGCGUCGCAGUGCACGGUCGCCUGUCCCGAGCGACGAGGCGUCCAUGCGGCCGCCCGAGGUCGCCGUUCGAGCGCCGUCGUCCGAGGCCGACCGCUCUUUCGCCUUCCCGCCGCCGACGCCGGUCGACUCGGCUCUUCCUCGCCCUGUCCUCAAGAGCGUCUCGUCGGCGUCGUCGCUGCCCGGGCGGCUACGAGCGCUGAGCCAGCCGGGGAGCAAGCGGCCCAAGGGCGACGUCGCGCGCCGUCUCGGCGUCGCACGCGCCGUCGGCCUCCCGUCGUCGUCGUCGACCGCGCCCGCCGGCUCGCUCGCCCGCAAGGCGUCCGCCCCGACGCCAACGUCGCUCACGGCGCCCGCUCAGCUCGGCGCUCCCGGCGGCGGGCCGCUCGGCCGGAGCAACUCGUCGUCGUCGGUCGCGAGUACGGCGUCGCGUUUGUCGGGUCGAGCGAGCGGCGCCCCGGGCUCGCCGAGCGACACGCCCGCGACCUCGAGCUUCCCGUCGUCCAUCUCGAGCGGGUACUCGCACCCGUCGUCCCACCUCGGCGGCCUCGGCGGCGGCAUCGGCGCCGGCAUCUACUUGUCGAAAGGCCUGCCGUCGCCGCCGCAGCCGGGCGCCCCCAGCUCGCGUGAGGCGACGCUCGCCUUGCCGUCAGUCCGCCGCCCCUUUCACCUCAUGCGCCUCGUCGCCGCCACCAUCCCGACCACGGAGAGCGGCGCCGGCGGCGGCACGAGCGGCGGCGGCGGGUACCUGAGCGAGCGCCUGUUCGUCCCGGCGCACGUCUGGACGACCUCGGCCGGCACCAAGCUCGUCGCCAUCGAGACCAAGGUCCGCAUGCUCGACCUACUCGCGUCGGGCCUCGACGCACUCGAUCGAGCCGGGCGGGGCAUGCUGCUCGUGCCAGUCGGCAGCUCGAGCGCAGCGGCCGCGGCGAGGGAGGAGGCGGCGCGGUUCGCCAAGGAGCUCGAGAGCUUCGAGGGCCUCGCCGAGGGGAUCCAGAGCACGUUGGCGAAGAAGCUGGGCGUCGGCGUCAUCGGCGUGACGGGCGGCGGCAUCGCAGGAGGGGCGCCGCCAGUGCGGGAAAAGGACUCGAAGCAGGGGCGCAAGGGCAGCACGGCCAGCUUUUCGACUUGGAGCUCCAAGCUCUCGAUGAGCCUGAACCGGGUCGUCGCCAACGGCGUCAGGCGCGUCCUCGCCACGUACGUAGACGCCAUCGCCAAGGUCUUUCGACAAGCUCAGUCGCUCGAUCGUCACCUCGCCCUCGUCUUUCCUGCCGCAACCGAUCGGCCGGCCGACUCGGCGUACGCGCUCCUGCCGGCGGCGGACCUGUAUCGCCUCGAGCGGCACCUGCGCAAGUCGAGCGAAUUCUUCGCGCACGUCAUCUGCCGGUUUGUGCUGCGCGACACCGGGAUCUUGUUGGACAAGUAUGUCAAGCGCGGUGGAGCAUGGCUCUCGGGCGAGUGAGGUUCGUCGGGCGAUCUGGAACGAGCAAGACAGUACAAGCUCUGCAA